AUGUCGAUACGAAUACGACUUAUUCUGCUGUUCAGUUUACUUUCAGGAUUUGUAAAGGCUCUCCAGACUACACCACCUUUCAAGGAAUACUCGUUCAACAAGUACGAAUUAGAAUCAUAUAAAGAACAGGUCCAGAAUUUAAUUUAUUAUGGGUUAGAUAACUAUCUUCAUUAUGGCUACCCAUAUGAUGAAGUGAAGCCUAUUUCCUGCAUUCCAAAGUCUAGAAACUUUGAAAAUGCAGGAGAUCUACCGACCAAUGACGUCCUAGGAAAUUUCACUACCACUUUAAUUGAUUCUCUAACCACUGUAGCGAUAAUAGGUGACAAACAAAAAUUCAAGGAAUUGGUAACUUUGAUGAAGGAUACCUACCCCAAUUCCAAUUUCAAUAUCCCAGCUACUAUUCAGGUAUUUGAAACGACCAUUCGUGUGGUGGGUGGUCUUAUCAGCGCCCAUCUGUACGCUACUGAUCCUUCUAAGAAAGCUUAUAUGAAUCCUGAGGAAUACGAUGGAUUUUUGUUGACAUUGGCUAGCGAUAUGGCAGACAGAUUGCUACCAGCAUAUUUGACAUCCACUGGAUUACCCGUAUCUCGAGUUAACUUAAGGUAUAAGACAGGUAGGAUUCCCCAUGAUCAAUUAUACGAAAAUAAUGUUGCUGCCAUGGCUUCUCCAAUGUUCGAGUUCACAAUGCUUUCAUAUUUAACAGGCGAUUCUAAAUAUGAACAAGUCACAAGAUAUGCUUUCAAUAAAGUUUGGUCGAUGAAAUCUAGAUUAAAUUUGUUACCCAUAUCUUUUAACCCUGAGCAAAGACUUUGUUACUCCACUAUGUCUGGGAUUGGUGCAUCUAUUGAUUCAUUUUACGAAUACGCAUUAAAGGGAGCUGUACUUUUUGAUGAUGCUGAAUUAUAUCGAAUCUGGGAAGAUUCUUACGAGGCACUACGAAUCAACUCCAAAAGCGAUUGGUUUUACACCAACGUCGAAGCAAACUCUGGAUACAUAGUAACGAAUUGGAUAGAUUCAUUGAGUGCGUUUUUCCCAGGUUUACAGGUGCUGGCCGGUGAAGUAGAGGAUGCAACAUUAAAGAAUCUCAUGUCAUUAAAAUUGUGGAAUACGUACGGUGGUAUACCUGAAAGAUGGAAGUUUGAAAGUGACAAGGAUAAUAAUGAAAAUAAAGAUAAUCCACUUCCUUUAGAGUGGUAUCCAUUGAGACCUGAAUUUAUAGAAUCGACAUACUUCCUAUACAGAGCCACAAGAGAUCCUUUUUAUUUGAAUAUUGGUAAACAAAUCCUGAACGAUUUCCAAACGAGAUUCAAAUCGAAAUGUGGAUUUUCCGGUAUACAGCAUUUAUUGCAUGGAACAAGCCAAGAUAGAAUGGAAUCCUUUGUUCUCAGUGAAUCAUUGAAAUACUUGUUUUUAUUGUUUGAUGAAAAUAAUGAACUUCAUAAAAGCAGAGACAACGUUAUUUUCAGUACUGAAGCUCAUCCGUUUUGGUUGAAACCAAAACAAAUUCGAAGUUAUAAAAUUGCUGCGAAGAAUAACGAUCCGCUAUAUUCUAAUCAUUUGAUACAAGUCAAGUUAAAUGAGGCUAAAUAUUUGAAAGGCUUACAUAAAGUUAAAGCAGGAUCAAAAUUAAAAAAAUUAGCCAGGCAAAUUUUUGAUAGUGGAAUUGACAACGAAGAAGCAAUCAAACCUAAUCCAAAGAAUUCAUCAAACACAGAAAGACCAUUUAAUAAUGGUAUGUGCAAGAAAAUAAUCAGUGAAUAUGCUAACGGAUACACACUACCCUCUUCGCCCUUGUUGAGUCGUCUCAAUGUAUUGUUUGACAUUGACCGAAGAUAUAACAACACUUUGAUCAGACCGGAAUAUCUGAAAGAUUACCAGGGCAUGGAGAUUAGGAAUGGAUUUUAUUCCCACUGGGCUGAUCCAAAAUAUAGUAAAUCUAAGGUCCCUGCAACUACGGAAUCAUUUGAUUUAAUUUUCGAUUAUACGGGGGACUACGAAUCACCCAUAGAAAUUGACAAUGAUAUAUUAAAAUGUAAGUCCUUCAACGGAAGAAGAAAGCUCAGAUUAGAACGAGUAAGACCCGGGACAGUUGACACUUUUGGCAAUCGCUACUCGUUUGAACCAUUUAUAGAACUAGACCGCAAAGACGUUACGAAGAAAACAUGCGACAAAGUUGAUGAACUGUAUUCUUCAGCUGUACUAUAUAGAGCCGCGAUGCUAGACGGCAUCCCCCUUUCAGAAAACGGUAGCAUACAUAUCAACAAGUCCGCAAUUAUCGUACAUGAGGGCAAUGAUACUACUGAUGACAUUGACAUCUCUCUGGGAAUGAACAGGAACAACCAGCUCUUAUUCGGUUGCAUCCCAGUAGUGAACAUCUUCUUGGAGUGA